ACCUAUAACAUAAAAAUAAAUCUAAUUUUAAACGUUCAUAUGAUUCAGAAUAUAAAUGAAGUUUUUAAAUAAUCAAUAAAAAAAUUUUACGUUUAUAAGUUAAUAUUGAAUUAUGAGACCUAUACAAAGGAGACAACAUGGUUUGCAAUAUGGCAUUUAUUUGCUAUAUAUGCAGGCUUUAAAUUUUGGUAUCGAUAAAAUUCCACCAGCUACUUUACUUACGAUCAUUGCACAAGUUUUACUUUAUAUUGGCUUCAUAAAAGUUCCAUGGAAUGCAGAAGAAGUAUGUAUAUCAGCAAUAAAAAUAUUUAAAUAUCAUGAUUGGAAUUCUUUUAUAAUAUCAAACUUUGAACAUGGUUCAGAUAUGCAUUUGUACUAUAAUAUGGUAUCUUUAAUCUUGAAAGGUUCAUAUUUAGAACCUAUGUAUAAAACAAUGAAUUUUGUUAUUUUAUUAACUAUUCUUUCAUUUGGAUGUAGUACUAUGUAUAUAGGAUUAAGCUAUGUUUUAAUGCAAUUAACAGGAGAUUAUGGAUAUUAUGUACAAUGUGCUAUUGGAUUCUCUGCUAUUUUAUUUGCAUUAAAAGUAAUUGUAAUUUGUGAAGAAUAUGAUAGGAUUCAUGAUGUUGGAGGACUUAGAGUUCCUAGUAAAAUUGCUGUUUGGGUUGAAUUGAUUUUAAUUCAUCUUUUAGUUCCACAAUCUUCAUUUAUAGGUCAUCUUGGGGGUAUUUUGAUUGGUUGUUUAUAUUGUUAUACUUUUAUUGGUGAAAUGAUUGAUAAUAUAAUAUAUAUCAUAACCAGUAUUCCUAUUAUACAUGAAGAACAAUUUUAUAGACGACGCAAUUCAUUAUUUAGAUAAAUUUUGAAUUAAAA